GUGACGUCAUCAAAAGGUGACACAAGAACCUUGAGGCGCUUCGAGUUAUCUUUAUAAACUGUUUCACUUACACGGGAAAAUACAGAUGCUAUUUUCCCGCCAAAAUGACGCUUCCGAACAGCGCCGAACAUCUCCGAAGAUGCACGAAGACGACACACUCCUGCCACGGAGUGGAGCGUGACGAAAACAAAGAUGACGGACCUCGUAUCGAAAAGGGGGUUUAUAAAAAGGAGAAGCCCAACAGGAUGACCAGCGUGCUCUGUAGCAGAGCCAGGGUGGUUACAUACCUGCCAGGGCUUCACGUUCUUGUGCGACGCAUAGCAGGAACCAGAUGUUUCUCAGAUGAGCGUCAUGCUAACGUCACACCACCAGAUCUGGGACCGAGAACGGUGUGGCCAGAUGAGACCAUGGGUCCGUUUGGUCCUCAGGAUAAACGCUUCCAGCUGCCCGGUAACGUCGGAUUUGCCAAGCAGCUCGAAGAUACAGCAGAGCAGAAGCCUGACCCUGUGCGUGCAAUACUCCCGGAUGUGCUGACGGCUCCAUCGAACACCGAGAGGCACGAGUUCAUCCUGGCGCAAUUCGUCAACCAGUUCCACGAGAACGCCGAGGCUUCAUCGGCACAUGGGGUCGACAGCGCAGAGCACUAUUUCAGCCAUUCCAGAGUGGAGUGUGCCAUCCAGUCCUGCCCAGAACUGCUGAAAAAGGACUUUACGAUGAUGUUUCCUGAAGCCCCCUCGAGCAACAUGAUGGUGCUGACUGUAACACAGAGAACCGAGAACGACAUGACUGCCUGGUCUGAGGAGGUGGACCAGGAGAGGGAGCAACUGCUGGCUAAAUUCAUCGAAGGGGCAAAGGAGAUCUGCCACGCACUGCACACCGAGGGCUUCUGGGCUGACUUUAUCGACCCUUCAUCUGGACUAGCAUUCUUCGGCUCCUACACCAACAACACGCUGUUCGAGACAGACGAGCGAUACCGCCACCUGGGUUUCCAGAUCGAAGACCUCGGAUGCUGUAAAGUGAUCCGUCACUCGCUGUGGGGCACACACGUGUUCGUAGGAAGCGUUUUCACCAACGCGCCAGCCGGCAGCCAUGUCAUGAAGAAGCUGCAAGGAAAUUAACGCAUCAAGCAAUUCAUAUACUAAUAUCCAAGAACUCUGUAUCGUAUUGAUCAGGUCUUCUCAAAUGCACAAAAGAAUCAGUACUCGAUUUUAUUCUUACUGUUGGAUUUGCUGUUAUCCAUAUCGAUUUCUUGAUUUAUUUAUUUUUGUCAAUGAAUAUAGCAAAGUGCAGAAAGGGUCAGUUCUGUACUGCUUGAUUUCUGUGUUUUGAGAAAUGUUUUAAAAAGUAUUUUGCUCUCUCAGAAAUGAAAUAAAAAUAUAUGUUUGGCAGAUGUGGAUAUAUACACCGAUUAGCCGUAACAUUAAAACCACUGAGCGAUGUAGUGAAUAACAUGGAUUAUCUUAUCCUCCUAGGGCUUAGCGGUCACAUGCGUGGACAGCACUUUUUAGAAAUUCGGAACAAGAAUCCACAUAUGUGGACAUACUUUUUCUCUAAAAGUACAUCUUAUCAAAAGAUGAUGCUUAGUUUUUAUUCUAAUCAGGUUCUAAUAAGCCCAAAUAGCAAAGAGAAAUAAAAAAAAUGCAUGUAAAAAAACAGCUUGGGCCUCAAUAUAGUGGUGCCUGUCAAGGGGUGGGAUAUAUUAGGUAGCAAGAGA